AUGGUAUCUCAGAUUCAGCGGCAAAAUAGUGCAAGUGAAAAGGUCAAACACCAAGCUGUGAUGAUUUUCAUAUACCAAGUCAGUGUUUCUACCGGUAAUGACUGA